AUAUAAAUAACACUCACGAACUCACCACCAAGCUAUAAAUUGAAUUAGCAAUAUUAAUUACAUAUACCAAAGUGAAGCAUAGGAUUAAUUAAGUUAAAGCUUGCAAACAUGGGGGGUUUAAUGUAUCUGUUGGUAUUGUGUUUGGGUAUUAUUAUGCAAAUUAAUCACUGCCUUAGCAAUAGCAUGAUCAUGAAGUGCUUGCCUAAGAAACAUGGUGCACUAUUCAUAUUUGGAGAUUCACUAUUUGAUAAUGGAAACAACAAUUACAUCAAUACAACCAUUGGUAACCAGGCAAAUUAUCCUCCCUAUGGACAAACUUUCUUUAGGUACCCUUCUGGUAGAUUUUCUGACGGACGCAUGAUACCAGAUUUUGUAGCUGAGUAUGCCAAGUUGCCUCUACUUCCACCAUAUUUGCAUCCAGGUCAUCCUGAAUAUAUCUAUGGAGUUAAUUUUGCAUCAGGAGGGUCUGGUGCACUCUCUCAAACAUCUCAAGGAAGUGUGAUAGACCUGAAAACUCAGUUGAGUUAUUUAAAAAAGGUAAAGAAUUUAUUCAGGGAGAAAUUGGGACAUGAAAAAACAAAGGAAUUGUUGUCCAAAUCUGUAUACUUAUUUAGUGUUGGAAGCAAUGACUAUGGUAGUCUUCUGGAUCCAAACUCUGGUAGUCUUCUACCUGUUGAUCAUCAACAAUUUGUUGAUAUUGUCAUUGGAAACCUCACAAAUGUCAUCAAAGAAAUUUAUGACCUAGGUGGAAGAAAAUUUGGGUUGCUUAAUUUGGGUCCUUUUGGCUGCUAUCCUAGCAUAAGAAUGUUAGUCAAUAAUGGAACAGAAGGUGAAUGCAUAGAUGAAAUUUCAGCAGUGGCAAGACUACACAACAAUAAACUAACAAAAAUGCUUCAAAAGCUAGAGAACCAGCUAAAGGGAUUCAAAUAUUCAAUCAAUGAUUUCUACAGUGCAUUUUCUGAAGUGAUGAAGUAUCCUUUAAACUAUGGCUUUAAAGAAGCAAGUGUAGCAUGUUGUGGAAGUGGCUGUGGAGGGAACAAAGAAUAUGAGUUAUGUGACAAUGUGAAUGAACAUGUAUUCUUUGACACUCAUCAUCCUACAGAGAAAGCUAAUCAGUAUUUUGCCAAAUUGAUAUGGAAUGGAAAUGGCAGUGUCACAUGGCCUUACAAUCUAAAACAACUAUUUGAAAUUUGAGUGUUCUACCAUACAAAACAAUGUGGAUUAGCUUCUGUGUUCUACCAUAUAUGUUUAAGUUAUUAUUGUUUAGAGAUUGAGGUUUUAAUAAAUUUGUGCUUGGAUUUAGGACUUUCUCUUUUUCUUUUGCCCUUAUAUAAUAGAUUUGAAUUCCAUUACUAA